CAAGCUUUCGAAAUUUGGAAUUUCUUAUUAGCUUUGUCACUGCUUCUCAAGCCUUCUUGACACCCUAUCCGAGACAUCCAUCUUGGUCAUCUUCAUCCAUCUCGAUCGACUUCGUGCAUCUUCACAAACCACUGCUUUCAUCAGCUUCCAUCAUAAAAAAUCAAUAGCUACCCACUCCUUAAACUUCAUCAAAAGAAAGACAAAGACGACCCAAUGGCCAUCUCAACUCUCAUCCGUCAAGGCUCAGGUCCAACCGAUCCUGACGACACAGUCACUUGGGAACACCUGGAAGACGUCUCCACCCCCAUCUCCCAAAGCUCAGGACUAAUCGACCCGGACAACAAAAUCACCUGGGAACACCUCGAAGACGCCCCCUCCCCUUCCACCCCCCCAAGCUCAUAUCCCAUCACACCCAAUAACGAAAUAACCUGGGAAUACUAUGAAGACGCCUCAACCCCCACGUCUCAAUACUCAGGUCCAAUCGACUCCGACAAUGAAAUCACCUGGGAACACCUGGAAGAUGUCUCCUCCCCCAGCAUCUAUGAAGAAGACGACGAACUUGUCUACGACAAGCCAUUCUCGGCAUCAUCUACUCCCCACAAUGCAGAACCAGUUUCAGCCCUGGAAAUCUUGAUGGACAUGCCGCUCAAGGGACUGUUCAUACACGUCGUUGCUGUGUUUCUCAUGUGGUUAUUGUGGUUGCUGUUUAUGUUUAAGAUGCUGCGCAGAGAAUUGCGCCUGCUUGAGCUGAAUGGUAUCAUUUGAUGGUCGGCCGUAGUGAGAGACAACUUGUUUUGUUAAAUUCUCAUGUUGCUUACGUUCUU